GAGGAGGCGGAGCGGGGCCGGGAGCGGGGCCGGGAGCGGGGCCGGGCCGGGCCGGGCCGGGCAGACUAAUUACUGAUUGGACUUCAUGACCAUAAAUUCCUGAGCCUGCUGGCCUUCCCAGCCUCUGUGUUUUCCACCAUGGACCAGGAUUAUGAGAGACGCCUCCUACGCCAAAUCAACAUCCAGAAUGAGAACACAAUGCCUUGCGUAGCAGAGAUGAGAAGAACCCUGACGCCUUCCAAUUCUCCAAUGUCUUCUCCUAGUAAGCAUGGUGACAGAUUCAUUCCUUCAAGAGCUGGGGCCAACUGGAGCAUCAACUUCCACAGAAUAAAUGAAAAUGAAAAAUCACCCAGUCAAAAUAGAAAAGCAAAGGAUGCUACAUCAGACAAUGGCAAAGAUGGCCUUGCUUACUCUGCGUUGCUGAAGAACGAGCUCUUAGGAGCAGGGAUUGAGAAAGUGCAAGACCCACAGACAGAAGACAGGAGGCUGCAGCCAUCCACCCCAGAGAAGAAGUCUCUCUUCACUUAUUCACUCAGCACAAAGCGCUCGAGUCCAGAUGAUGGCAACGAGGUCUCGCCCUAUUCCCUGUCUCCUGUCAGCAACAAAAGUCAGAAGCUGCUAAGAUCACCUCGAAAACCAACUCGGAAAAUCUCAAAGAUUCCUUUCAAAGUGCUGGAUGCUCCAGAAUUGCAAGAUGAUUUCUACCUGAACCUGGUGGACUGGUCAUCUCUUAAUGUCCUCAGUGUUGGCCUUGGGACUUGUGUUUACCUCUGGAGUGCCUGUACUAGCCAGGUAACCCGGCUGUGUGACCUCUCUGUGGAAGGAGAUUCUGUAACAUCUGUGGGCUGGUCAGAAAGGGGGAACUUGGUAGCUGUUGGCACUCACAAGGGCUUUGUACAGAUCUGGGAUGCAGCUGCAGGAAAAAAACUCUCCAUGCUGGAGGGGCACACAGCCAGAGUUGGUGCCCUGGCAUGGAAUGCUGACCAGUUGUCCUCUGGGAGCAGGGACAGGAUGAUCCUUCAGAGGGACAUCCGCACCCCCCCGCUGCAGUCGGAGCGGCGGCUCCAGGGCCACAGGCAGGAGGUCUGUGGGCUCAAAUGGUCAACAGACCACCAGCUCCUGGCCUCUGGUGGGAAUGAUAAUAAGCUCCUUGUCUGGAAUCACUCCAGCCUGAGUCCUGUCCAGCAGUACACGGAGCAUCUUGCAGCAGUAAAAGCCAUUGCCUGGUCUCCACACCAGCACGGGCUCCUGGCCUCCGGGGGGGGCACGGCCGACCGCUGCAUCCGCUUCUGGAACACACUGACGGGGCAGCCCCUGCAGUGCAUCGACACGGGCUCCCAGGUCUGCAACCUGGCCUGGUCCAAGCAUGCCAACGAGCUGGUGAGCACCCACGGAUACUCGCAGAACCAAAUCCUCGUCUGGAAAUACCCCUCGUUAACUCAAGUAGCGAAGCUAACGGGGCACUCCUACCGAGUCCUCUACCUGGCAAUGUCCCCUGAUGGAGAGGCCAUAGUCACAGGAGCUGGAGAUGAAACCUUGCGCUUCUGGAAUGUCUUCAGCAAAACUCGCUCCACAAAGGAGUCUGUAUCUGUUCUCAACCUCUUCACCAGGAUACGAUAAACCCCAUCUACUGCCACCCAGGAGACCACAGCCUGCCAUACCAGGAUCAAACCACUACCUUGGUGUGCAUGGAACCCCAAACGAUCAGCCAGAUGGGGAGGCAGUACUGGUGGGGCUGGAGGACGGACCCAAGAUGCUCAUUACAUCCCUGGCAGGCAGUAUUUGGGAUGGGCUUGGGGAGGGAACUGCCAAAGGUUUUACAGCUUCGUCCUUCAUAAAGAGAAACGGGUACAAGGGACACGUUAAACCAGUGUCCUCCACCUCUUGUGUUGUGUCCUGGAGCAAGCAUGUGUGACAUGGACCUUUGAGACUGGACCAAGACCAUCCCAGCUGCUGUGUUGUCCCAUUCUGGGAGAGAUGAGUGUCCUUGCCUCUAGGGAAGCAGGUGUGACACACUGCUCUGGGUCCCCCUGCCCUGGGAUGGACAUCGUUGGAGGUAGCAGCCAGCCAGACCUGGUCAAUACAACUGGUGCAAGAGAACUCCAGGCUGGGUGUUGGCCUCUCUGCUUAUCUAAGGGCAUUGUUGAUAGCCUGGCAUCCCCUGUAAGAAGCUGGAGAACUUCUUGUUACCCUUCUUAUUUCCCCUCAGAUAGGUACUGUGGUACUUGAUAUGAUCAUUUCCAUAAAGCAGCUUGAUUUUUGGCAUGCUCAACAGCUGUCUUCAAACAAGUACAUGUUUGGGCUCUAAACCUUGGAGGAGACUUGAAGAGACUCCACCUCAGAGGGAGCACAUGCAGAAGUUCCCAAAUUGCUAUUGCAUGUUCUGGGCUGAUCCUUUUAGUUCACAGAGAGGAAAAACACUGGCUAAAAAAUAAAACCAACCACCACGCCUGUGGAGCUUCCCACGGUGCUGUUUGUGGCAGGCUGGUUGCUCUGGAGUCUUCCUGAGGACAAAAGCAGUGGAGACGUGUUUGGGAAACAAAACAACUGGUGUUAAGUCUGGUUUUUGGAGAGAGCAUGGCCUCUUCUGGCUGGAAGGGGGGGAAACACCACGGCUGGGUGAGAGGCAGGGUCCUUACCUAAAGCAAGGAAGAAAUUUUGUGUUUUGUGUUUUGUUUUUGUUGUUUUGGUUUUUUUUAAUCUCCAAGUCAAAGCCAGGGACCUGUUGGGGUUUUUUGUUGUGUGUAUUUUGUUGUUUUUUUUUUUUUAAGCUGUAUGGGAAGAGAGUGCCUGCUUGUGUUUGGAGCCCGUGUGAUGAGUGCUGUGGGAUGUGAUGCAAAGCACUUGUGUGUAUGUGAUGCUUUUAAUUUAAAGAGAAGCUGUUGGCUGCAGCUGCCCCUUCCUGCCUGUGUCUCUGUGUGUGCCAACACUGUCCCUGCCUCCUGCCCUCUCCAGUGCUCUGGGAUACCAGUGCUGUUUCCUGUUCUCAUUCAGAUUUUCCUGGCUGUGUAUAUAGACCUUGACCUAUUCUCUGGAGUGUGUGUAUAAGCAAUACUUUUCUGUCUUUUUUUUUUUUUUCCCCCCUUCUUUCCCUGAAACAAGCCUGUAGGGGUGGUGGUAGAAAUAUGAUUGUCUCUCCCCAGUGCCACUGGUAUCCUUAGGGUGAGCUGCUGAGCUGUGGGGAAGGGUGGUGAGGGGCUGUUCUGUUCACUGCAGUCUUGACCACAAGUGUGUGACCACGUUUGCUGUCACACCAGUGCCUGGCUCAGGCUCUUGGUGCUACCUCUGUGUGUUGCAGGUUCUGGGAGGCACUGGCUGGGACCUCACUGCUCCUGAGCACCCAGUCUCCAAAGCCCAAAAUAGCAGCCACAUCUUCACCCUGCAGCUUUGCUGUCUCUGAGAUGUAAUUUUGAUGUAAUUUCUGAAACGCAGUUUCAACACAAGGACAUCAUUGCAGGUCUUGCUGCAGGAGCCUGGGGCUUGGUUUGAAAAUCAUCCAAGGGCCUCGCAGCCCCUGUCUUGUUGCACGUUGCGUUCACUGGCCCUGUUGAACUUGAUGUGGAAGAGUCACUGGAAAGCACUGAGGUGUUGUCAAAGUGGGAUCAUGAAGCUGGCGAGCAGGUUGAGGUGAAAAGCCAUGUGCUUUGAGGCAGGAUCUGUCACUGUGUCUGUCUUGUGGGGUGUUGCCCUGUGGGGCAGCAGAGCCCGGGGCUGGGGGGUCUCUGCACCAUGGGUGGAGGUGGUUGGUAGCUGCUGCUGUGGAUUUCUUGUCUGGUGUGGAUUGCCUCCUGCCUAAAUCCUGGCAGGCAGGCCUCAGGAGAUGUGGCUUCCUUCUCCAGGAAGGAGGAGAUGGUUGGGGCACUCAGGAGGUCUCAGUUGUGGGGUGGUUUCACAUUGGUUUCUGUCUGUUCUGCAGCAGGAGGAGGGAGUCGAGCAGGGGGCACAGGGUGAGCUACCCUGGGCCUCCUGGGGGUGGGGGAUGAAAGGGGGGUUUGCCUCUUGCCCUGUGACACAGGUGUCUCCCCAGAGGGGUCUCAGGAGCUACUAGGGGGUGGGAACAUGUGAUCUGUGCUGCACCUGGGGGUGCUGUGGGGGGAGAUGAUACAGCCCCUUGCUGUUCCAUCCCCGCAUCCUGCUCCUCUCUCACUGGGGACUUUGCACCACUUUUCUCCCUUUGGAGCUGCCUUGGCAGCAGGUUGACUCCUCCUGACUUCUCAGGCUUGGCAGGAAGGGCUAGUGAUUGCCAAGCCAUGGCCAGUCUGUGUUGGCAACGAGCACAGCAGGAAUGUGCUGUUGGAUGGACUUUGGUGGGAAAGCUGGCACAGAGUCCUCCCCCCACCCCACCAUGGUGGCUGCAGGGCAGGAGCAGAGUCCCCAGCCGUGCUCCCUGCAGGGUUCCACUGCCAGAGGGUGUGUUGGGUGUGUGUGUGUGUCCCAGCUCAAGCAGGGGAGCAGGUGACACUGUCGUGACGCUGUUGUGACGCUGCAGCUGGAGUUUGCUGUGGCCUGUUCACUGGGGAAAAGAGCAAAGCUGAUGUGAGCUUGUGGUGUUGGUGUGUGAGCUGUGAGCACUGAAAGGGCCCUCCUCGAGUCUGUGUGAUAACGUCUGUGACCUUGUGGCAUUGUUAUAGAGAUGACAUCAUAUGGUGGGAAAACAAAAACCAUAAAGAGCGUUGUAACUUUUCCAUGCAAAACGAUCUAACUGGCAUUAAACAAGUUGUGAAUUUA